AUGGAAUCACUUCUGUCUCUCGCCUUCGACAACCUUUCGUCGUAUGACGGACCAAAAGUCCGUAAGGGCCUUCGCCAGGUCGAAGGCCUUCUAGCUCAGAUCUGCCUCUCUAAAGCAAGCUCUCGAAACGACCGUGCACAUCGAAGCCGAGAUACCGACGAUGAUGGAAGUGAAGGAUCAACACCUUCUCAAAAGGAUCUUUCCCAGCUUUCCCGCGACCCGGCAUUUCGAGAGUUCUUCAAGUUGCAGGAGGGAUUCGAAUGGAACGUUGCGAUGCGCCUUAUCAGCACUCUCGAUCGACUUAUGGCUAAGGGUGGUGAUGGCGGAAACGACCUGUUGAUUUUGAGUUCUCUUGACCUCAUACAAGGAGUCUUGUUGCUACAUCCUCCCAGCAAGUCUCUCUUUGCACGAGAACAGAAUAUGAACCUCCUCCUUGACCUUCUCGAGCCCUUCAACUGUCCUGCGAUCCAAUCUGCGACUCUCCUCACACUCGUCACUGCUCUUAUCGAGACCCCAAUCAACACCCGUACCUUUGAGAGCCUUGAUGGCCUUCUUACUGUCACCUCCCUUUUCAAGUCGCGAUCCACGGCCCGUGAGGUCAAGCUGAAGCUCGUUGAGUUCCUCUACUUCUACCUCAUGCCUGAGAUUCCUUCGAUUCCCCGAGCCGAUCAGCGCGAUAGUGUUCCCGCUAUGCUUCAGCGAAGUCCUAGUAAACUCGCAGGUGCCUUCAAUGCCGACUCACGCCGCAAGCGUUCCGGCUCCGAUCCUGAAGGUGACAUCUAUCUCACCACAGAGGAGAAGCAAGAGCUGCUUAGCCAGCAUCUGAGCAGCGUAGAGGAUCUUGUCAAAGACCUCCAGAACUGCGCACCUUUCGGCGGUGUUGUCUGCUAA